ACCAAAUCAAUCCUCUCUCUCUCUCUCUCUCUCUCUCUCUAAUAGUAGGUAAAUCAAUAAGAAUGGACGCAUUGGAUUCAGUUUUCGAUCCAUUGAGAGAAUUCUCAAAGGACAGCAUUCGUCUCGUCAAGAGAUGCCACAAGCCCGAUCGCAAAGAAUUCACCAAGGUGGCGACUCGUACUGCGAUAGGUUUCGUGGUGAUGGGAUUCGUAGGUUUCUUUGUCAAACUGAUAUUCAUCCCUAUUAACAACAUCAUCGUCGGAUCUGGUUAAACUCCUAGAGGUGAGGUAGAAUUCUGAAGCAACUAAUUACCAUGCAAAGAAAGUCCUGGAAAAUAUAGAGUAGAAAAAAUUGUGCUCUAUCGGAACCCCAAAAUGAAAAUCACAUGAAUUCCUUUUGGUUUCAUUACCGUAUCAUGUUGAACAUGUAUUUUCAAAUUAUUCUGCAUCAGUUGAUUUUUGACAAACUUCAAUUGCUGAGAUUGAUUAUUUGUACAAGUAUGGCGGCAUUCGUUAUCC